AUGAAGAAGUAGCUUGAAGUCUCAAUUAUCGACAACAAUAUAUUCUAUAACUUAUUGCAAAGAGCAUCAUCUUCAUCAAAGAACAAAAAUAAUUUUAUUAUUUAUGAUAUGUCUGGAGGUGAAUGUUUGACUGAUGACUUCUAAAAUUUUAUUAGCAUAAAUGAAGAUGUCUCAAAGUUGCUUAAUUAAGGCAAAGAUGAGUCUGUCAAAUUAACAGAAAUUUAAAAAAUACUAUCAAAGGAGAAAGAAGAGCUCUUCAGUAAGUCUAAGAGAUAUUUUAACUUCCUCCUCGUCCAACCAAAAGACAGCGAGUUUAUAAAUCUGUUUAAUCAGGUUUUACAAUCAUUGCAGAAAACUAAUAAUUAGAACUUAUCAGAUGAGGAAAUCAGAAGCAAUUUGCUCUUGCAUAGCGGUUAAAUAAAGAUUGAAUGCGAUCUAUUAGCAAACGAAAUAUAGAAGAAAUUGCAGGAGCAUCCAGAUAUUGAAGCAAAUUGUAGUUAAUAAAUAUCAAACUGGCGUAAAACUUUAUCACUUUACAAGAUUUUAAGAAAUAAUAAAAUCAAUGAAAUCCAUAUCCUAAGAGAAUCCGCACAGUCAUUCUUUAAUUCUUAUCCUUUUAUGCACAAUUACUUCAUCAGCUUGAAUAGUGCUUCUUAGUAGAGUUAUCCUAAUGAUAUUUUAUUCAAUCGUAUGUACUUCGGUAACUGGAAACACGCAUCAAACGAAGAGAUCAUCAACUCAAUCGGAAUUACUCACAUUGUAAACAUGACCUGCGAAGUUGAUAACUACUUUGCAUCUAACCAUUAAAAUGUAUAACUUUAAUAAGUCAUAUUUGAAGAAUUACCAAAUUUGAAUUUAAGCUAAUCUCCAUCACAAUGUGCAAAUAUUUAAAAUUCUACAAUGACAGCAUCAAUAACCACUAAAUCUAUGCAUAACAGCAUCAUCACUACUACUACAACUACUACUAAUACACCAAUGCCAUAAACAACUUAAGCAUAAUCUAUCAAUUCUUCUCACACUCCUAAGAAUAUAACUUACCUGAAAAUCAAUAUUGAAGAUGAGGAUACUUCAAACAUACAAUAGCACUUCAAAGAAACUUAUCAAUUCAUUGCAUCUGCAAUUAGCAAACCCAACAACAAAAUUCUUAUCCACUGUGCACAAGGAAAAUCUCGCUCAGCUACUAUUGUUUGCAUGUAUUUGAUGAGGACAUUCAACUGGAGCUUUGAUUAAACCUUAAAAUAUGUUUAAGAUAGAAGAGAAGUUGCUAAUCCAAAUUAUGGGUUCGUAGAGUAAUUAAAAAGCUUUGAAUAAAAUUAAUUUAUGUUUGAUGGUGAAUCAUUAGACGAGUUUGCUCAGUCCAAAAAAUAGAAUCAAUUAAGUUAAGUAUCUGACUAAGCAGAAUUGAAUGAAUCAAACAGUGUAAAAAAAUAAUUGAUUCAAAAUUUUGAAUAAUCUGUAGUAGAAGACAUUUAGAUAGCUUAAUGA